AUAAAGACAAAACUCACCCGGCCGAAUCUUCCUCGGUGUGAAGUGGAUCUAGGCGAAAGCCAGAACCUCGACGUCAAAUAGACAGACCCACUGCGUUUGAUGUAUCUCGAGUCGCAUUCACGAUAGGGGGAUAUACAUACUUGCAAGAUGGGCAAAACUUUGAGGAAUAGUCUGAAAUGGCUACUCUCCUCUUUAGUAAUAUCUCAGGCGCAUGCCUUCUAUAUACCGGGCUGGUCAGUAAAGAGUUACAAGGAAAACGAACAUAUUCCUUUACUCGUCAAUAAAGUAUAUUCCGAUAACACGCAACUGCAAUAUGCGUACUACGACCUUCCUUUCGUCUGCCCGCCCACGGGAAAAAGUCACGGUCCCGGCUUACUUAGCGGACAGAGUAUUUCUCUCAAUCUUGGAGAGGUUCUCCGCGGCGACCGAAUCAUGACUUCAGAUAUCGAUCUAACUAUGGGACAAGAUACGGGGUGUCAAUUUCUGUGCAACCAGGAGGUUACCAGGCGGGAUUUAAAGCGAGCCAAGGAGUUGGUCAAGGAAGGGUAUGUGGUGGAAUGGAUCGUUGAUAACCUCCCAGGUGCCACCAGCUUUGUGACAGUUGAUAAAACGCGCAAGUACUACGCUGCCGGUUUUAAGCUUGGCUUCACCGAUUACUCGGCGAGCACUGGAAGACCACGGUACUUCCUUAACAACCACCAUACCAUCGUCAUUCGAUAUCGCACCGCACCAGGACGAGCUGGCGAGAAAGGAGGCAAGGUAGUCGUUGGCUUCGAGGUCUAUACCAAGAGCGUCGGUCCGAGUGUCAAGCGCGAUAAUGGCUGCCCUGCCGACCUUCACGAUGUGGAAGAUCACUUCGAGCUGCAUAUGCCACCAAACAAGACGGUCGAGGCGCAGUCGAAGUAUGCCUAUUCAUCCUACCACCCAGAAGUCAUGGAAGAGGGGGACGAUAACGACACUAUUACCAUCCCAUAUUCUUACUCUGUCUAUUUUCGCGAGGACGAGUCAAUUGAAUGGGGUCGCCGUUGGGAUUUGUAUUUCGUCAACUCAGAGGAAGGUUCCAGGAUUCACUGGCUAGCCAUUGUCAACUCCCUGAUCAUAUGUGGCCUUCUCACUGGCAUCGUCCUCAUGAUCUUGGCUAAGACCAUCCGGUCCGACAUCAAGGGAUAUAAGGAAGGUUCUGUUGAGGAUGGCAAACUGCGAACCAAGCGCAAGACCAAGUCAGAGAAACUCGGUUUCGGACUUCUGGAGAAGGAAGGUGAUGGAGAUAAGGAGGCCGAUGCUUCUUCCGACGAUGAGGCUCUGGAGGACGUCACGGGAUGGAAACUGCUUCAUGCGGAUGUCUUUAGGAAGCCUGAAUACGGCUACUUGCUUGCGCCUCUGGUCGGGUCGGGCAUGCAAUUCCUCUUCAUGGCCGUUGGCUUGAUCGUGCUAAGCGCUAUUGGCAUCUUAAAUCCUAGCUUCCGAGGCGGCUUCAUCAGUUCCGCUGUAGGUCUUUUCGUCUUCGCGGGCGUCUUUUCCGGCUACUUCUCCGCCAGAGUUUACAAGACGUUUGACGGAAAAGACUUUGGAGUGAACGCGCUAGUCACAGCAUGUCUCUUCCCUGGGCUUCUCUUUGGUCUAGUGUUCAUAUUGAACCUUUUCGUCUGGGCGCAAGCGUCUAGCACCGCCAUUCCUUUUGGGACUUUGAUUGCUAUUGUCCUUUUAUGGCUCUGCAUUCAAGUCCCGCUAGUCUACCUCGGCUCUUGGUACGGAUUUACGCGCACCGGCGCCUGGGAACACCCCACGAAGACGGCCAGCAUCCCGCGACAGAUCCCGCACCAGGCGUGGUACGCCAAGAACAUGCAGUCGAUCCUGCUAGCGGGCCUUGUGCCCUUCGCCGUCAUCUUCAUCGAGCUGCUCUUCGUGUUCCAGUCGCUGUGGCAGGACAAGAGCGGAUACUACUACAUGUUCGGGUUCCUGUCGGUCGUGUCGCUCAUCCUGAUGCUCACGAUCGCCGAGGUGACGGUGGUCACGAUCUACGUGCAACUGUGCGCAGAGAACUACCACUGGUGGUGGCAGUCGUUCCUCGUCGGCGGCGGCUCCGCCGUCUGGGUCUUCUUGUACUGCGUCUGGUACUACUUCGUCAACCUCCACAUCUCGGGCUUCGUCAGCUCGCUGCUGUUCUUUGUGUACAGCUUCAUGGCGUGCUGCGUGUAUGGCCUGCUCACGGGGACGGUGGGCUUCUUGACGGCGUAUGCGUUUGUGAGGAGGAUAUAUGGGGCUAUUAAAGCAGACUAGAUAAUUUCUUCUCUUUUUGUUUAUACCUACUUACCUAACUAAGUGCCUGCCUAUAUGGGGGUAUUUAUGAGGUUAUUCAAUAAUGUAGGUAGAAACGCUAAUCAAACGAACGACCGAACGCGAUCACGUAAUUAUGAGUUGGAUAUAAUAUAUUUUAUAUAUUUCUUUUUAUAUGCUUUGGCUACGUAACUCUGUGGAUGUGAUGUA